GCAUUCAACAUGCCCAAGAUACGGACUUCUCGUACGAAGAAACCUCCUGAAGGCUUUGAGGACAUUGAACAGAUCCUUGACGACUACGCCAAGAAGAUGCGGGAUGCAGAGAACGAGAGCCACGAGGGAAAACGAAAGGCGGAGUCCCUGUGGCCUAUAAUGCGCAUUACGCACGCUCGAUCACGAUACAUCUAUGAGCUGUAUUAUAAGCGGGAAGCUAUCAGCAAGGAGCUGUACGACUGGCUGCUGAAGCAGGAAUAUGCUGAUGCAGGACUGAUUGCGAAGUGGAAGAAAACGGGCUACGAGAAAUUAUGCUGUGUGCGGUGUAUACAGUCUCGAGAUAUGAACUACCAGGGAUCAACAUGCAUAUGUCGUGUUCCCAAAGCUCAAUUACGGUCGGGAACUGUCGUUGAAUGUGUGCACUGCGGAUGUCGUGGAUGCAGUUCCGACUCAUGACGAAACGGGAUUCGACCUAUUGCCCUUCUUGUCAUCGAGCCCAGGCGUUCAGCGAUAUCAUCUUUUCGAUUACUUUGUCUUUGCCUCUGUAUUGCAUAUAUCUCCUUGACAGUGCAUG